AUAGAAGGAGAUAAUCCAAUUUUAAAGGCCGAAGAUUAUUUGUACGUGAAAAAGUUAUAAUUCUUGGAACAGAUUUUGAAAUAUUUUCUUUUUUAGUCACCUACUGUAAAGAAUUUAUAUUAAUAAAGCUCGCUGCCAAAGUAUCGUGGAUAAUGGCCGACAACAAAAAAGUAGAACCAACGGAAAUGUUACAGAAAGAUGAAAAUGUUAAGAGUGUCGACCGUAUCCACGAAUCCUUAAGAUAUGAUAAUGCGAAGGUAAAUAUUUCCGAAAACGAUGCAAACCAGAAUGAGAAAGACGUACAUGUUAACAGCCAAGAUCUUAUCCACGAAUCCGUAACAGAUGAUCUUUCACAGACAAGUCAACCAUUGGCCCCAGUCUCAGCUGACACCACUGCUACAAAUGAAGCCAACCUGAAAAAGCCUGUUGCUGCAAAAAAUGAACAACUCAAUGCACCAGUGAAAAAAAAAAUAAGAAAUACGAUUUCGAGCCUAUUUCAUGUGCACAAGAAGGACCACAAUAAGGAGUGA